AUGGUGAGAGCACGAAGAAAUUCUUUGGCUUACUCAAUUGCUUCGCAUGCGGUCUCUUCCGAUAGUCACAGCAACGUAUCGGAUCUUUUAGAUGACACGUAUCUGUUCAAUAGAUUACAGAAAUUGGCAUCCCUCGUGGAGGAAAACAGUUCUUACGAGGUGAACGAGACAGUGUGUCAUCUAAACGAAUUGUCCCUUAAAAGUUCAACUGGAUCCAAUGACGAAGAUCCGUACUCUAUGUACACGGAUUACUUAGCUCAGUUGAAUGACAGUCAAGCCAGGUACAGAGUUGUUUUAGAUCAGUCAAGGAAAGUGAAGGGCCAGUUGGAUGAUAUCUUAGAGCAGUUCAAUGAUAUCUCUUCUAAUGCGACCAAAUUUGUCAACGAUACAAGAGACCUCUUUGAGUCUCAUGACGAGUUGACAAAACUGUCGGAAGAGAUUCCAAACUACUUGAACUAUUUUGACUCUUUGGAUUUUGUAAUAAGGAAGCUGAAUCAUGCCACGUCUCCGAAUAUUGUGAAGAGAGACGCGUUCAGACGAUUGUUGACAACAAUCGACAAGUCAUUACUGUUUUUCGAUGCACACCCUAACUUCAAGGACGCGGAAAGUUACCGGAUCAAGUUCAAGCAGUGCCUGGUUCGUUCGUGCUCGCUUAUCUUACAUUUUACUAAUAACCUGCUGAAACAAGUAUUUUCUGAGAUCAUGGAGAAGAACUCAUCGAUCACACCGGGGACAAGAGAUGCCCUUAUUUACAAUAAGUUUUCCUCCAUUAGUGAAGUCUACGCACCGUUGACAAACGAACUGACAACUCGUUACUACAACCCAGCGCUUGCCAAGUACCAUGACGAGUUGGCGUCUCUGCUGAACGAUACUUUCAACAGUUACUUCCAAACGAGAACCAACUUGAUGCAUCCUGUCCUUUGGUCCAAACUGGAUGGGAUUUUGGCUAAGGACAAAGAAAUGUCCCUUUUUAAGUUUACACAGGAGACGAAAUCCGUGUUCCAACAACUAUGUUUGAAUGAGUACAAACUGUUUGUCAAGUUUUUCCCUCAAGGGGAACCAGACUACCACCAAAGAUUUAACUCAUGGCUGUUGAAAUUCUGUGAGCCGCUGUACAGCACGAUCCGAACGCGGAUCUCGAGGGAACGUGACAUCAAGACCCUAUGCGACUCGCUGAACGUAUUUGCGUCGUUCGAGCACGAAUUCGAGGAAAACUCUGUUGAGUAUAGAAGACAGUUCAGCGAGGUCCAAUACAACAAAGUGUUCGAGCCUGUGGUGCAGCGACUCCAAGACCAGUUGAUAAACCGGGUGAAAGUGUUCGUCAACGAGAACUUGGUGAAGUACACCCCGUCGAUUGACGACUUUAUGGUCUCGAACCGUAAAAACGAGCCAAUUGACACUGGCUCUGACGAUAUGGUGCCCCUGUACUUGAGCAGUUUAAGGCAGAGGUACCAACCUAACGAGACCGCUGCAGAUAUCCCCGAUGCACUGUUGCUCGAGAGUUACUACCCACCCACGAUCCGCGUGUUGGCGAUACUUUUCAAGCUGUACGAUGUGGUCAAUGCGGAUAUCUUUGAUGAGAUCUCCCACUACGUGAUCCACCAUUCGCUUGUAUCGCUGAAAAAGUGUUACGCGUUGUUCACUGGGACACACAACACGUUGGAGGUGAAAUUGACGUACAUGAACAACUUGUUGCUACUUCGAGACGAAGUUCAGAAUUGGAACGUCCAGUACAAUUUCAACGACACGGCGUCGUCGUUCCAGUUUUCAUCGGUGGGGAACCUGAUGCGGUCCUGGAGAUGGAGCAACAGCACUAUAUUUUCGUUAGCGAAGGGUCUUGUGCCGCGUAGCAGGAGUGCUGUGUCCGCGUCCGCGGGUGCGCAGGGUCCCGAUGGUGGUGAACCGCGGACGGGCCAGCCCGGUGCCGGCGACUCGGAUUCCAGGGUCGAGUUGAUCCACGAACUGCGCGCGAUCAUUAAGGGUGUGACGGAUGCGACGAGCGGCGAGAUGGUGGGUGGGGUCUUGAAUUUGGCGCGUCAAGGAAUCGAUUUGUUGGAGAACGACGCGGAGUUGCGGAGGGCCGUGCGGGAGACUUUGCCCCUGGUUGACCACAAGAUCCGCAGCAUGGUCAGCGACGAGGAGAUAUGUUCACACUUGUUACAGGCAAUCAAGUACACGUGUUUGGAGAGGUACGGCGAGUACUACGACGGUGUUGGUUCGCUCGUUGAGAGUGGUGCCCUUGAUGGCGGCGCUUUGAACGAGAUCAUGUACGUGGACCAAUUCGACCAGUUUUACGAGCGGACUGUAGAGGAGAUGCGACAGGACGAUCCCGUGAGUGUCUCCUCCGAGAUCGAGGCUCCAUCGCGGACGUCGAAUGCGUAA